AGAAACCCUAGAAACAGUUCAGCCUCCUUCAGAAAAACAAAACAAAAAAAAGUUCAGCCUCCUUCUCUCCGUUUGAUCUAGAUGUAUAAUUCUAGGGUUACGGUCUCAGAUUGUGCACUAAAGAUGGGUAAGUCAACGUCCGGCGGUGGCGAUUCAUCAUCUCUCCUUAUGCCUGGGGUUAAAUCAGAUGAUCGAUCUAGAGAGAGGAAACCCCGCAAAAUCAGAUGUCCUGCUAUCGCUAAAACACCAGAUGAACUUGAGGCAUCCUUCAUACAACUAUACGCUGCUUACAGCGAAGCAGCAGCUCAUAAUAAGGAGGAGGGUGAAUUCGCUGAUUGUGAAAAGAAACUUAUUGAGGUAAUCAGAGGUUUUAGAAAUCUCAAAAUAGUUUAUAGUAAUGUUCGUCAAUUUUUUCGUCAGGUUUUAGAUCUUAAGAAGGCUGUUCCAUUGAUGAUUGAUUUAUUGAAAUAUGAUAAAUGCGGGAAGCGUUUAGCUAGUUGUAUUCUUAUUACUUUCGAAGAGCUAACUCAUGUGGCAUUUCAAGUUCCUAGUCAAGAGAUACAAGUUGGCAAAUUGGUUAAAUCUCUAGUUGAAAUGGAAGCCUUGGAAGUAUUUGUUUCUACUCUUGGUAAGAUUUCUGAAGACGAUGAUUUACGAGCAGUACAAACUAUUGCGCAGAUGAUUUUUCAAGGAAGAGCAGCUGUAGCAAAAACCGCGAGCAGUUCCAGGGAACUGAUUAUUUGGGUAUCAGCAGCAAUAAGAGGUACCAAAUGGGAUGCAAAAGUGUGUGCUGUGGGUUUUUUACAUACUCUUUUGAUGAAUUAUACGGAAAAUAGACUUCUAUUGGGAACGGACACCCUACCUGCUGUUGUAGAUGCUCUUUCAUCUCUUAUUAUGAGUCCUGAAGAAGAAAAAACAGAAAAACAAAAAAGAAAAGAAGAAGAAGAAGACCUGCCUUUGACUUUGUUUGGUUGUUUAUUUUUUCUAUUAGAAUAUCCGGACAACAAAGUGCAUUUUGUCAAUGCUGGAGGAAUCGAGGCAAUGAUUAAACUUUUACAGGACGGGCAGAAAUUGGGUGAUUAUAUUUAUGGAUCUGCGAUUGUGGCACUUGAUAUAGUGAAAGAUUGUCUUGCUGCUUCUGACAAGUUUGAGAAUGAUGAUUUGGAAUUGGGCAUUGCAAUAUUCCCUGCUUCCAUGGAUAUGAUUCUGAGCACUACGCAUUGUAAAGAAGAAAUUGAAGAACGUCUUAUAUCUCUAAUCGAAUCAUUAACUGGUGGCAAGACGGAAAAUUAUACAUUGUUAGAAAAGUUUGGGGAGAAUGAUUGGGAAAGAAUCACUUGGCUUAUGGAGCUCUUCACACGAUAUUCCAAAAGAGUUGGCGCAGUGGCGAAUCGUCUCAAAAGCGAACAGCUGGACUCGUUUGAGCUCUACAAGAAAAAAUGUGGAGAUGGAUUCUCCACGCUUCAGUCGAUUGCUGUUAUUCUUGGUUAUCUUUGGUUGCCCGAGAUAAAGGCUAAGAUUGAAAGUGAACUGUCUCGUCACCGGAUAGAGAAGAAACUUGUGCUAGAUGUUCUCUCGGAAUACCGUGACAACAUUGGCAACGCGGGUGGUACGAAGACGGUGAUCGAGAAAUGCAUAGCUCGCCUUGAGGAAAAUUAUGACCAGAGUAUGGAGCUGGAUGCACAGGAAAAUUCUGGCCAGAGGAUGGAGCUGGGUGUACCGGAAAAGCCUGACCAGGAGUUGGAGAUGGAGAUGGAGGCAAGUAGCAAGCGGCAACGAGUGCACAACCGUCGAUAGUUAAAGUUUAUUUGAGGUUAAAACCUUUGUUUGGAGUUAGUAUUGAAUAUACUGGAUAGUUGCUUUUUUUUUCUUUCAUCACAUGUAUGAUAGGAAUAUCAUGAAAAUAUUGGUGAUUGGAUGACCCUGAAGAAAGUGAACAAUCCAGAGUACAUGUUAUGGUUUUUAAUCUGUUUAUUAGAUUAUGUUUUUAUGGCUUUGGUUC